UAAGAAAAAGAACACCCUUCUUGACUGAUCAAUCAAUUUGAUCCGGAUUACACCAUUUGCUCCUGCCAGAGAGGGACUCCUCUUUUCUAUUUUAUUUAUUUAUUUAUUUUUUAAAUUAGGUGGUAUGGUUAUGACGUAGGACCAUCGUCUUUGAGUAUUAAGUGAAUGAGGGCGGCUUCACUAAAAGCAGUGGAAUGGCGCUGUGUUUCUGUCGCUGGCGUAACGUGUUACUCUGCGUAUGCACCCCAUGCAUCUGCCUGCUCCUGCUCUUCCUCUAUUCUGGUUUGCUGAUAUGCAUGCAAAUAAAUGACUCGGCGACAGUAACACACUUUGUGGCCUCCGGAACUUUGAGAAGCAGCAGCUUUGGCCCUUUGCCGCAAACUUUCUGGGCGUGCCACUUGCAAGGGGAUGCCUUUUGGAACAAUCUCCAGCUGGCCAUCGACCGCCAUCACAACCCCGUCCUGCGUCCCAACAACAGCGACAUGGGAUUCGAGAAUGCAACCCGCUAUGAGACCCUACUGAGGCCAAAUUCCUCUAAUGUUGCGGACCGGAAUAGCUCGGGGAGAAACUUUGACAAGCUGCCGCAGCAGAUGCAACACUUUGUGAGCCACAUGGAAAUUAGGGACUACCCAAUCCUCAUACAGCCAGAUGGAGUCUGUGGAGCUGGGGCAAAAUAUGAAAGGGAGCGCCCGCUUCUUCUCAUGGCCAUCAAGUCCACAGAGCUGAACUUAGAGAACAGACAGGCCAUCCGACGGACCUGGGGCAAAGCGGGUCGGGUGGCAGGACAGAAGGGGAACAGCAGCAGAGGAGCAGAAGGUGGAGCAUACGUCCGCAGGGUCUUCCUGCUCGGCAAAGAACCCCCCGAGGGCCUGAAUGAAGAUUUUCCGGGGUUACUGCGGAUGGAGAGUAAACUUUACGGAGACAUUCUGCAGUGGGACUUCGAGGACACAUUUUUCAACCUCACCUUGAAGGACGUGCUCUUCUGGAGCUGGUUCUCGGGUUCCUGCGGCCGGACUCGCUUUGUCUUUAAGGGAGACGACGAUGUCUUCGUCAACACCCCGAAAUUGAUCACCUACCUCCAGGACCAGCUCAAGGAGCCACAGGCACGCGACACGAUGAAAGGCUUCAUGGUUGGAAAUGUCAUAGGUGCAGCCUCGCCCGUCCGAGUCAACAGCUCCAAGUAUUUUAUCCCUGUCAGCUUCUACAAGGGCCUCUAUCCCGCGUAUGCAGGUGGCGGAGGGGUGGUGUACUCAAGCCUGUUGACCAAACGUCUACUCAACACGUCGAAAAGGGUUCUCCUGUUCCCCAUCGAUGACGUCUAUGUAGGCAUGUGUAUGGUCCGGCUGAACCUCUGCCCGAGCCACCAUCCUGCCUUCCUCACGUUUGACUUUCCGGCAAAGGAAGAGGAGCAGCCGUGUGCGUACCACAGAGUCCUACUGGUCCACAAACGAAGCCCCAGCGAGAUGGUGACACUGUGGGCCGGCCUAAAGAAGACAGCGACGCGGUGUCGGGAUGUGCCUCUGAGGAACACGCCACAACACUGAUUUAUGGAAGAGUUUGACUAUCCAAGAGUUAUUGCCAUGUGAAAAUCAGAGCGUGACAAAAAAAGGCGCUCACUGAACGAUGUCUGUAUUUAUGAACUUUUUUUUGUUCUAUUCCAUAUGAUCUACGGGGUUAUAUUUGAAUAUAGGCCAUGAGCUGGAUACCCAACCACACCCAACCUCCCAAAGUGAUGCAAGGGUCGGAGUAUGCUGAAAAUGAGUUUGAAUGUUACCACUGAAAAAACUUUUGGGAUGCACCACCUGUUUCAUCUUGCGAGGAUGUGCACCCUAAAAAUGACCUUUGACACUUCAAACUGUAGUUGAUUUCUGUGCUCGUUCUACAUGGCUUCCAUAUGAGCCACUACACCAUCAGACCACAAACACGAUGGCACAAGCGAAGCACAGUUUAAUGCUGGUUCUAUGUACGUGUCUAAUGUGGAUAGAUCCCAGGUGACUGGUUGUUACAUAUUGAGUACAUGCACUGUGUCGCAAUCAGUGUUCGUGGACUCAAUGUUUUUUGAUUUUAAUAGAUAGAAUGCUAAAAUGCUUGUUUUGGUUCUCUAGUAUAUUCUUACUCACGCGAACAUGUUCGAUUUUUACAGCACCAGUGAUGACGAGUCAUGAAUCAGUGAACUAGCUCAGUGAUGUGCCUUACUGUCGUCUGUCUGUUACAUGAUCCACCACAGCCAGCGGUCAUACCAGACCAGCUGUGGCUGUUGCAGAAAAAUCCUGCUGUCACCUUUUGCACUGAACCGAGUAAUGAAUUUAACUUUUAAUGUGUUUCCCUUUUAAAGUGACAGUCUUGCUUUGUGCAAAAUAGUGUGCGCUAAUGAGAAGCAUGUCCACCGCUGAGGCCAGUGCAAUACACACUUUGAUUCAUCUGAUAUACAACGGAUACAUACUAAAACUACUGAUGUGAUACGAUUGAUUGAUUGAUUGAUUGACAAUAACACAUUUCAAUUCACCAUAAUGUGAUUCAAGGUGAAACCAUACAAUACAAGUCCCCAAGUCCGCGUGCCGAUGUGUCCUUGGGCAAGACACUUAACCCGAAAUUGCCUCCGACGGCUCUUCCGGCAGUGUGUGAAUGUGGGGAAUGUGACUCGCCCUGUAAAGCGAUUCGAGUGGUCAAUGAGACUAGGAAUGCGCUGUAUAAAUAAAGUCCCAUUUAUGGCUAAACAUCUCAUUUAUGCAGUUUCUUUUUCAACGCCUGAAAAAAAUUACACACUGACCCUUUAACAAAUAGGACAUUUCAGCUUUAGUUCACAGCAUUAUACAAAACUUUUUUUUUUUUUUUAAAUGAAGACGGUAAUAGAUAAUGAGGACUUUGAACUUGUGAGUUUGUUUUUUCUGCAGCAUGUUGUCUGAGGAAAAUGUCACACCUAAUGUCAGGUAGACCUGGUUUUACCGGCUUGUAGAAUAAAUUGCUCAAUGGCUUCAUGCCAAAUAUUGUUGAGCUGAUCCUU